UAGCUCUAAAUGCCCCCACGUUCCUCGCACUUGGUUUCGAGGCUCAUCUGCUGUCUAAGAGGCGAACCGGGGCGUAACGCGACAGCGAUCUUCACGCGUAAAAACGACCGUGGCCACCAUUCAUCGGCGUUUGUGAUGACGAAUUAAUGGCUGAAUUGUCGGGACAGCCCUCUCCGUCGACUAUCAGAGCGCCUGUCAGGGGCACGGGCGUCGGGCUGUUUGUCCGUUGAUGACCCACCCCACUGAUCUUUUGCAGACUGUAAUCUUAUCAGUGUCAAACCGUAGCUGUCCUUUCCCCCUCGCCACAACUCCCGUGCGUCUUCGCAAAUUUGGAUAAAAGAAGAGCUUUCUUCUGAGGCAACUCCUACACCAGCAAAAGCAUCCAGUUGUACAAAAAAAAAAAAAGUUAAAUGCGCUGUUGGAUGUGUCCUAAAAUGUGGAUUUGACCAAGGGAAGUUAUGGAUCUUACAUGUAAAGAGAGGAGUCUUCUAUACUUACUUUUCUUUGCUAUCUGCUCUGCCAGCGUUUGUUUUGGUGCCCGACGAUCAAAUGCGCGGAGAUCUGAUCGUCUAAGUCCUCCAUUAGACAUCCAGCUGGAGACAGUCAAUUGUAGCGCCUUCAGUGUGCGAUGGAAGAUGCCCCGCAGACAUGUCAGCACAAUCACUGGAUACAAGGUCUUUUACACAGAGAUAAAGAAUGGCCGCCCAGUUAGUACAACAUCCAUCAUGGAGGUGCCUCUAAGUUUGGACAUGCUAACCACUGGGCAAUUUGAUGGACAAGCCAGCUUUGACGUAGAUAUUGGCAACCUAAAGGUGAACUCUAAGUACAGAGUCAGUGUCGGAGCAUAUGGUUGGGCCGGGGAGGGUAGACCCAGCAUGCCCAGAGACAUCAGUACUGCUUCACAUGAAAUGUGCAUGCCUCCUUCACCCCCAACCCAGCCGGUCGUCAUAGCCGUAUCGGACACAGAGUUGGCUUUAUCGUGGCAGGAAGGAGAAAGUCAGGGGAGCUCUCCUGUUCUUCACUUCUUGGUGGCUUACAUCAGGCCAGAAAUGGACACGGAGUGGACUUAUAUACGUGAGCCCAUUGAGACCAACUCCAUGGUUUUAAAAGGCUUGCUGCCAGAAACCGAGUACCAGUUUGUUGUCAGAGCGGUCAACAUGCACGGCGUGAGCCCACCCAGCCACAUCAACAGCCCCGUGCGAACUCUUGGUCCAUUAGAUGUGGGCAGUGGGGAUCUGACGCCUUACAACACAGAUUCCAGAUUAAAAGAUGAAGAUGGAUUUGAUGUCGAUGACUCAGAUUAUGAUGUCUUUAUCGAAGAGUUGAAGCCAUUUCCGGGCAUCGGUGAGAACAAAGGGAAGUCCCAACUCCGUUCACACCCUGGCCCGCCAUCUGGUCAAAAUGUUGUUUACCGCAUGGACAGCGAAGUCCCUCCAAAUGUCACCGAUCAACCAGUUACCAUGAGCGCCUCGCCUAUAUUCCCAGACUUCACAGAUCUGGUUUUCACAGUCGCCUCAGAGCCCAGCAGUACUGCCGACACCCCAACUACUGCUCCACAGACCACUGCCAACCCACCGUUGCCCACCACCACUUCCAUUCCUGCCAUCUCGCCCUGGCAAGGUGAGAUACCCCGCGUGUACGACCUGACUUGCGGUGAUACUGUGUGUCCGCCUGACAGUUUCUGCCUCACCGAUUAUGAGAGCGGAGGUUCACGGUGCCACUGUAACCUCGGACGUAGAGGCGACACUUGCUCUGAGGCGGUGACAGUGAACUUUCCCAGGUUCUAUGGCUUCUCUCACAUCACAUUUGAACCCCUGAAGAAUUCAUACCAGACCUUUCAGAUCACUUUAGAGUUUAAGGCAGAAUCUAAGGAUGGCUUAUUGCUUUACUGUGGGGAGAAUGAACAUGGCCGUGGAGACUUUACCUCUUUAGCUUUGGUUCGAGGCAAACUUCACUACAGGUUCAACUGUGGCACUGGAGCUGCACAGAUAAUCAGUGAGAGUCGUGUUGUUCUUGGUCAGUGGCACAUUGUUACUAUAUUCAGAGAUGGCAUGAGUGGUUGGCUCCGCAUGGACAAUGACAAUCCCAUAUCUGGGCGCUCACAGGGUCAAUACACCAAGAUUACUUUUCGCUCGCCAUUGUAUGUGGGUGGAUCUCCUAGUGCUUACUGGCUGGUCAGGGCAACGGGCACAAACCGUGGCUUUGUAGGCUGCAUUCAGAGUCUGACCGUCAACAACAAGGCUACAGACAUCAGGCCAUGGCCUCUGGGCAAAGCUCUCAGCGGAGCUGAUAUAGGGGAGUGCAGCGACAGUGUGUGCGACAUGGUGAGCUGUGCCAAUGGUGGCGCUUGCUUUGCAAACCGGGCUGAUGGCUACAUUUGCCUGUGUCCACUUGGCUUCAAGGGAGCCCUUUGUGAAGAGAGUUUCGUUCUGUCCUCACCCCUCUUCAAUGAAACCGUGUUUUCAUACGCCGUCAUCCGGUGGCCUCAGUCCCCACAGAGUUACUUCUCCUUCAUGGAGUUUGAGGUGACGUUCUGGCCAUCACUGCCCGACGGGGUGCUGCUGUACAGCGAUGACGCAGGCAGCAGAGACUUUCUUGCCAUCAACAUGGUGGACAGAUACGUAGAGUUCAGAUUUGACUGUGGCUCUGGAGAGGCUGUGAUAAGGAGUGAGGAGCAGAUCAGCCUGGAAUCCUGGCACGAGUUAAGAGUAUCUCGCACUGCUAAAAGUGGGAUCCUGCAAGUGGACAACCAAAGGCCGGUGGAGGGAAUUGCUGAGGGAGCUUUCACGCAAAUCAACUGCAGUUCACCGCUCUAUGUUGGAGGAGUGCCAGAAUAUGAAAAAACCAAGAGGACGGCGGGAGUGAUAAAGCCCUUUACUGGCAUCAUUCAGAAGCUGAUUCUCAAUGACCGCACCAUGCCGAUCGCUGUUGGCUCUGCUGGGGGUGUGAACAUUGCAAACUCAGCACACCCCUGUGUGGAAAGUCCCUGUGCCAACGGAGGGACCUGCAGGCCGAAGUGGGACGACUACGAGUGUGACUGCCCUCUAGGGUAUGAUGGAAGGCACUGCCAGAAAGAGUGUGGGAAUUACUGUUUGAACACUGUGACUGAAGCCAUAGAAAUCCCCCAGUUUAUUGGCAGAAGUUACCUGACUUAUGACAACAGAGAUAUCCUUAAAAGAGUGUCUGGGUCAAGGACAAACCUUUUCAUGCAUUUUAAGAGCACAGCCAAGGAUGGCUUGUUGCUCUGGCGAGGAGACAGUCCAAUGAGACCCAACAGUGACUUUCUCUCCAUGGGGCUUCAGGAUGGGGCUCUCAUCUUCAGUUAUAACUUGGGCAGUGGUGUGGCUAACAUUGUUGUCAACGGGACAUUUAAUGAUGGAAAGUGGCACAGAGUGAAGGCUGUUAGGGAUGGCCAAUCAGGGAAGCUGACGGUUGAUGAUUAUGGAGCAAAGACCGGCAGGUCACCUGGCAAGAUGAGACAACUCAAUAUAAAUGGGCCUUUAUAUGUCGGUGGCAUGAAAGAGAUCGCCCUUCACACAAACAGGCAGUACCUGGGAGGAUUGGUGGGUUGCGUGUCCCAUUUUACUCUCUCCACUGACUAUCACUUAGCUUUGGUGGAGGACGCAGCUGAUGGCAAGAACAUCAACACCUGCUCCAACUAAAGGAUUCCCCCCCCCCCCCACCCCAUAAGGGUCAAUUUUCAACCUGUUUUUCAACUGGGUCUGUCACCCUGAAUCUGACCUGCCAGAACCAAAGCAGUAGAAACUAAUGUGUUUUGUUUUUUUACUACUAUCAUUUUAAAAUGCAUUAAAGGGUGUGUUGAAGGCACCCUGAACAGAAGAACAGUGUUGUUACAUGAAUGUUUCUACGAUCUCUCUGGCCUGCACAGUUAUGAAGUUUAUUGUAAUCUGUUAUAAAUUUCUGGUGUAAACAGUUCUGAUCUGAGGUUGCAGGAAAAGCUGACUUCAGAGGCACCAUUGUUUGAUCUGAAGUCAUGUUGCAUUCAUAGGAUGUCAUGUUCUUUGCAGAAAUUAGAUAAAUAAGAAAAUAAACAAAGAAAAAAAAUGUAUGGGACAAUUCCAACCAUAUAUGUACUUUUUUUUUUACUGCAACCAAAUCCAUCUUUGAUUGCUGGAAGAACCAAAUGAUUUAAAGAAACAAAAUACACCGUGAACUUGAGAAGCUAGCAGACAUAACCUUCUUUAGAAAUAUUUUUGGUUUUGGCUCUUCAGGAUUAUCGUUGUCUUUUGCGUGAUGUUGGUUCAUUUGUUUUUUUUGUCCUUAGUUCAAUACAUUUUUUAAAAGUGUUUUAUCAGGUUAGAAUCUUUCAGGUUAGAGUAUUUAGUUUUACACAGUAAAGGGCUCAGCUGCCCCCCUCCCUCCCCCCAUUCAGCUUAUUUAUCCUUCAUUUGGAUCUUUCAGCUUCAGUCACAUGAAAUCUUGAUCUUGACACGGGGUUUAUACUGGUGGUAAUGUCAGACGGCAUUGGCGUCGCCUGACAAAAACCACAUUUAAUGUGUGUUCCAGUCUUUAAUGUGUUUCCCAUGUUCUGACACUAGUAAAAACAAAAAAAACAUCUUAUUUAGUCAAUGCAUCCGUACAAGAUUCAAAAAAACUUUUUUUUACCCUGUAAAACUACAUUUAGCUUUACAAUAUGAAUUAAGGCUCCUUUCACUCUAGUUUAAGACCACACCGUGACAUUUAAAAUCAGCCAGGACAUGGAUGAUUCUGCAGACUCAGGGGUGCAUCAAGAACUAACUAUUUUUACCAUGGUCAAAAUGUCUGCGGUGAUUUCAUAGUGGCAGAGCACGGAUGUCGGUCAGUGCAUACAGCAGCCUGAAAGGGACAAAGGAAGCUCACCCAUGACCUGUUGGCUGACGUGCACCUGCGUCGAUCGGUCAUCAGAGAAUUUAAAGAAACGGCCACGUUGGCCACAUGCCGAGGCAACAACCUGACCACACUCAUACCCAGCUGCACUGCUUUCUGGGUAAUUUUACAUGCAACUGGAGGCAUAGUUACAUUGCACGUUGCGUCCCGUUGCAAACCAAAUGACUUCCCCAGUCAGAUAAACUGAACAAGCUAAAAUCUCCAUCCCAAUAAACACAGGUCUAAGAUCAGGCCACUUGUUUCUAGACAACGGUAUGGUCAGAAUAGAACUGCCAGCUGUGGAGAAGUCCUCCCACCUUUAUGAAAUACUAGAGUUUUCCCGGUUGCAGAUCAAAGGCAAAGUGUACUUGUCAUGUUGUCAGAGAGAAGUGCGGGAUCAUAGGCUUUAUUAUAACAUUUCUAGUUUGAAUUUUGUGCACAUGAUUUCCUCGAGGUACUAUCGCAUUUCAUUCAUGAAACUAAUGAGCUGAGAAAAGCACUCAUGGCAUUUACUCCUUCACGGCAAUUCUGAAACUGCAGAAACGUCUUAUGUGUAAAGGUGAAUAGUGCUGUGAUACCUAUGAUGGUAGCACUGUGAUAUGAUGGCUGGGAAAGCAGAAGUGGAAAACCUGUUUGUUGGGUAAGAAGAGCACAGUAGCACCAGGACUGUCUUCACGAUGGAAUUAAGUUUUCAAGAUUCGGGGCAGUUCAGCCACGUUUGAACGGUCAUGGUUCAUGAGGAGAAUGUGGUGUGGUCUAUUCGCAGAGUGAAGGGGGCCUGAGCUAAUCGACCGGCUUGCGUAUAAGGCAUUCUGAACCAUGUUUUGUUUGGUUUAUAGCAGUGCUAGAUUAUACAACAUCUUUUGUUGCGGUUCAUGAACAAUCUGUUUCACUUGCAGUUCGUCGUGUUCCAAAUUGAUGAUUGUGACGCAGAAUAAUCAAAUGAGACCUUAACUGAAGAUGAGCGAUGCAAAAUACCAGCGCUCAAGGGCAGGAGUCUCGCAUGUUUCAGAUGUUACCCCGGUCCGGCACCUGAAUCAAUACUUCAUUACUAGUUCUCUAGAGAACUUGGUUUCAUACUGAGGAGGUAAUUAACCUUUGGAAUCAGCCGGGUCGCAGCAGGCACACAACUGAAACAUGCACAACAGCAGCCAUCAGGACUGUAAGUUUACACCACUGCUGUAGAGUAACUUAAUGUACCUUGUUUUUCCUUUCUUCUUUAAUGUACCUUACUACAAGCUGUCACUGCAUUUUACAAACUCGACCAUGCAAUACUGUAGAUACGACAGGUAGUUCUGGGUGGAUUUUCCAGUGAGAGCUACCAACCAGUUUGAUGUUCAAUAAUUUAUUUUAAAACAUCAAGAUGAAAAGAUAAAACGAUUGCGGCCCUUCCGAUGUGCAAAGUACUUCAAGAAAAGUACUUCUCAAGAAAUGUAUCAUGUCCCUGUGGAAUGUGAGUGUAUGAGGAAUACAGGUUUUGCAUUAAGCCCCGUGAAUGAAGUAGCAUGUCUUUUAAAUACUGUAAGUGACCUUAGACUGUAGCAAAAUGUUGGUGAACGUGUAAUGUCUCUGUUAGCUCAAGCUUUAGCUUUGGAUUUAUAUUUGCUGCCAACCUUUGAAAGCAUUUCUGCAUAUUUUGUGCUCUGUUUAGGUUUGAGCUUUUUUUUUUUUUUUAAGAACUACGGAUCUGAAAACGUUUGCAACCGUGCAAAGUAAAUGAAUAGCCAUGCCUUAACCCCCACUUCAAAUAAAACGAUCUUGUUACAUGUUCUUGGACACUUUAUCCAAAUCCUCACAUUUGUUACAUGGUUAGCACUGCUUGCAGGCUUGUCAAAAAGUGUAUUCUUUGAGGAGUUUUUUUCCCUCUUUUAAUUUUCAGUUGACAAAAAGCACAAUUUGUAAGGGACAAUCUUAUGUCUGCUUCAAAAAAGAAAUACACCAAUUGUGGUAAAUAUUUGUAUUUGGUGAAUGUGUUAAAAACUACACUGCGGAUUAAAUAACUUAUCUACCAUUUGUCAAA